AUGAGACAACUCCAGACGGAUAUACUCCAACGACUGGGCCCUUUGGGACCUAAAGAAUGGGAAAAAAACACAAGGUUUCGACAAACUUCGUCCCUAUUCACCAUCGAAGAUAUUCUCGGGAAUCGCCUGUCUGUUUUCAAGUCUGUAUUUGAGCAUAAGAAAGGCGCUCCUGGAAUUCCGCGUGCGACUAGCAUUCCUCGAGAGCAUGGCUCAUUGCCAGCACCUCCUAGCGACGACAAGGCGCCCGAUCAACAGAAUAAACACGAGCUCAGCCGCUACCCCUCACCUCCAAGCAUCCUGAGAAAUGCUGCUAAACUUCCGCAGAGCCUUCCAGCAGAGAAGCCUCGUUCAUCAACGCCAGCGAAUGGAGAGAACCGCAGUCCUUACCAGGGGGACCAGGAAUCGUCAACCUCUUCCCAAGACUCGAGUCUUUCUCAACCCAAAGAGGGCUAUGAUGAGCACGAUGGCCAGGUAUCUGUCCCUAAUGAGCGACCAGGCAGAAAUUCCAGCCCCCAAACCUCGACCGAGCCACGCAGCGCACUUUCUGUUUCGCUCGAACGAUUCGUCAACAUGAGUGCCCGUCUGCAUUGUGUAGAAGACGAAAACUUUGAUGUUGAUACAAUCGCUUGGCUCGUUAUAGGGCUUGGAGCUAAUGACUCUCGGCGACGUCUCUUUUGCUUUCUCGACGAUGCAAAAACUGGUGUAUGGCACUGUUUGGGCGACGUCAUUUCACAGCCCAUUCGCCUUCUGAUUGAGCUGGAAUCUCCUGACGAGGCUUGUAUAUCUCAUGGACUUUCGUGUAAACGAGUCAUGAUUGUGCAAGAUGAACUUGGCUGCAGACGACUUCGCUUCAAAUCACUUCACCGCGCUGAGUGA